UCAUAUAUUGUCGGACUGGAAAAACAGGAAGCACUACAACAUCGGCUUUGUUAUAUAAUCUGGAACAUGGUUAUAAUAUGACAGCGAAGGAAUUGAAGAUAAACAAGGGCUCUAUCACUUCAAGACUAUUAAGCACGUACAAUAAGGAAGAGAUAGACCAUCGUGUAUCGUCCUAUUACAGCAUUGUCGUUACGAGGAACCCAAUAGAAAGGCUUGCAUCGGCGUGGAUAAGCAGAUUUCUGUAUAAUCACCACCUUCGAUACAACGAUCGAUACGGAAGCAUGCUUCAAACUGUCUCUAACACUUCCAACACAGAGAAUAUAAAGGACAAGAAUAAUCAACAAGUACCGUUUUUGGCAUUCAUAAGAGCAGCAACUGAUAACAGAAAAGAAUGGCAGAAUAGACACUGGAUUCCUGUUUCAGAUGCUUGCACCCCUUGUAAGAUUCACUAUGACUACAUAGCACACACAGAGACGCUAGCUGAUGACCUGCGUCUCUUUCUCCGGAAAGUGGGAGUCACAAAUCGGGAUGACAUACUGCCACAGACAAAAAAAAGAGGAGCAGAGAAAAAACUUCGGAACCUCUUCGCAUUAAUUCCAUUAGAAGAUUUGAGAAGAGUUGCAAGAAAGUUUAAAGCUGACUUUGAGAUGUUCGGAUAUUCCUAUGAAGAAGAAGUAUUAAAGUUAUCGCAGCCUUAGUUGUUUACAGAGAGCUCGCUAUAUCUUGAUAAUAUACAACACAUUGUCAAAGAUUAUUGUCAAAACAUAUUUUUCGCUUUAGCUCUCUGAAAUCAUUACUUAUUUGUAUUUUAGGAUGUUUUAUUAGAUAACUCGUAUUACAUGUAUAACUCGUUGUUUUAUGGGGCAUAUUUUUGGCCAAUAAAUAUUUCACUGCUUAGUAGUUAUAUAGAAAAUAUGGAAAUACCCCCUUAAAUUUGAUUACUGUUCAAUUUACAUUUGUGACAAAGUAAUAAGGGAUAAAGAUUUACAUUAUGUACGUUGAGAGCAAAUGUGUGUUGUUGUUGGCAUCCGUCUGCAUCCGUCUUUUUGAUCAAAACUUCUUGUUGCCAUGGUAACGGGCAAAUUAAGUUUAAUGGCCAUUUUGCCAAAGUUUUGGAUCUAAAAACAGGGAAAUCAGUCUAUUUCACGGCAUUGUCUUCCCAACACCUUUAAACCUAUCGUUAAAACAAAACCAGAUCUAAAUAGACCAACAUUUUGUCUUUGUUGAAAUUUUCAACAUUUUUGCUCUUGGGCAGCCUAAAAACAAUGCGAUGUUUCAAGCUUAAAAAAAUUGAAUUUUUUGGGCAAAUUUUGAAACGCUGUAAGUGCCACUCUGCUAAUUUUUUUUAGCUUGAAAUUUGUACCGCAUAUAGAUAAUUUGAUUAUCUAUUAAUUGCAUUAUUGCGAAAUUUGUGGUCUUGUGUAGUUGUCAUGUGGUUGUCCCUGAAAUUAAUUCAGUUUUGUUGUUUUUGCGAAAAUUGUGAACUUUAGCCAUGUUCAAAGUACUCUACGCGACGAAGUAAAAUAGGAUUCUGCUUCAACUUCUAGUCAAAGUUAGAUCCUUCAGACAUUUGCUCUUAAGAAUUAAUAAACAUUAUUAUUAGGAAAACAUUAUUUCAUUUGCAGCAC